GAGAGAUCCUGCGCGCCGAGCGAGCUCCGCGAUCCUGCGGUCCUGCGCCGCCAGCGCCAGCUCGUCGCAUCAUGCCCGCCCAGCGCGCUCCGGCUAGCCCUGCGACGCCCGUCUCCAGUGGCCCGCUGCACGCCGCACGCUGCACCUUAUAAGCCGCGUCGCCGUCUUCUACGCGGCUUCUGGGCUUCUGGAAGUGCCGCUGUCACCGUGUCCCUCAUGGCCUACACCAUCUUGCUCUUCGUCACCCGACGGCCCGACCUCUCGCCCGAGGCCUUCCGCGACCACUACGAGAACGUGCACAUCCCGCUGGCCCAGCGCCUGUGUGCCGGCAGCUGGCCCUACAAGUUCACCCGACAGUACCUGGCCCGCAUUACGCGACGAGGCUUCGGCGGGCCCGCCAACCCCGACCGCCCGCCGCUGCUGCUGCGCGGCGAUGCCGACGUCAUUGACUACGACGUCGUGUCCGAGAUGACCUUCGAGAGCGAGGGCGCCUUCCAGGCCUUCUACAAGCGCAUCUACGAAAAGGACGUCGCCGCCAAGCUGGCCGCCGACGAGAACGAGUUCCUGCAGCUGGGCAAGACCCGCGUCGUCGUCGUCGGCGAGACUGUUUCCACCGAGCACGGCAUCACCCGUUCCUACAAGAACUGCCCCAGCCCCAACGACACCGACUACAGCGACGGCAGCAUGAGCGAGCAGAGCUAGCCUCUGCCCGUCGUUUCUCCUUUGGCGUUUGCAUUAGCAUGUGGGUCUACUAUUGGAAGGAUUCUCUAGGCGUUCUUGCGCGAUAUCCAGCCUUGUUGAAUUGUGGGAGCCUGGCGGUCUGGAUGGCGUUCUGGGGGUUUGAAAUCAUGUUUCUUGGAAGGAUGGGGGUGGUGCGGUGGAUUUGCGGUGGAUUGGAGUCCCUGCAGUGGGUUUGUAGUGGAUAUGAGUGCAGUGAAUUUAAGCGUGGUGGAUUCCAAUACCUAUGCGGUGCAU